AUGACAACUGUUGGUGAGGGCGCAUCAUCUGAUGCAACCUUGGACUUCUAUAGAAAGGCGUUAAACUAUAAUGUAAUUGGGCGCUACGAUCCAAAAAUAAAACAGCUGUUGUUUCAUACACCGCACGCGUCGGUCUACAAGUGGGAUUUUGCGAGAGACGAGUGGGUGCGACUGGAGUACCAGGGCGUGCUCGCUAUUUACCUAAGAGACAUAUCAAAGGGCGGCGACUUGCUCCCAGAUGAGGCAGAGGACGAGCGUUCGAUUUUGGCAACGCCGGCACGGCCAAACGGACCUGAAAGAAUCACAGAGGUGCUCAGAGGACGCGACAUAUACAACUAUGGGCUUAUACUGCUCAACAGGAUGAACCCUGAGAAUUUUUCGCUUGGAAUAGCUCCCAACAGCGUUAUAAAUAAGAGGCGGCUUUUCGCUCCUGAAGAAGACGCCCAACAGCCGCUCGAGUGCAUGAAGGUGGAAGUUAAGGAUGACCUGGUUAUUAUCAAAGACCUGCGACACGAAGUAUUUGGAAUUUGGAUUCACACUGUUCCAGAUCGCAAAAAUGUUUACGAGCUAAUCAAAUAUCUGCUAGAGAAUGAACCAAAGAGCUCUUUUACAUAG